UGCAGGACAAUAAAAACAUUUCUAAAAAUCCUUCUCCUCCCAAAUACUGUCUCAUCUCUGGAAGUAGAGGCACCUGUUUGAUGAUUUUUUAAAAGGCAUUUAAUGAAAAAUGCGAUGUAUAUAUGUACAUAUAUAUGAAAGAGAUCUAAGUAUACAUCCAUAUGAAAAAGAUAUAGGAUAAUAUCUCAAGUGCAUGGUUGGAUCAUCUAAGGAUUUUUUAAGGAUGGGAGGCACAUGGGUAUAUUGUAGGCCUUAGGGAAGCAACCAGUAGAUAGGAAAACGCUGAAAAUUAGAGUAUGUGAAUGAGAAAAGGAGCAGUUUCCUGGAGAAGAUGUCAUGAAAAUUGAAUUAAUGGUACACGUGGAUGGGUUAACUUUAACAAGGUAGAAGAUGAGGGUAAAAUGAAGGUGGAGAUAGUUAAAGGAGACAUCUCGGUAAUGUAAGUUGGGGAGGCGAUAAGAGGAAGCUCUUGACAAAUGGAUUCAGCUUUUCUGGAGAAGAAUGAGACAAGGUCUUCAGCUGCGAUGAUAGAUGGGGACUUAAGGAGGGCUGGAAAAGGUUAUAGUAAUCAUUGUGGCAAGUGUGAUAAUGAAUCCAGUUAGGGAGGUUUUAAAAGAUUGUCUUGCUGUCACAGAAUCAACAUAUAAGGGCUAGACUUAGUGUGUACAUCCAAUCAGUUUGGCCUCCUUUUGUUCAAAAUUCACCAGCAUGAGGCAUCCCCAAGCUUCAGCAUCCCCAAGGGCAGGAAUUAUAGACUGUCGCCACCAUACCUAGCCUCAUCAUCCUACCUUAGGGAUUGAAAAUCUCUGGCCUAUCGGGCAGAUGUAGCCCCUAACCCUUUUUCUGGUUAAUAGUGGAAAUGCAGGUAUCCCUUUCACAUCACGACUUUCCCCCCAUCUCAAUUUCACCAUAGUGAGGGUCAGCCUAAGAAAUUAAAUGGGAAUUUGGGGAUGUUUUUCAGAAACCACAAAUGGCUCCCAAAGGCCAGAAAAUGACACAGAAAGAGUUUAGAAACUUAGAAAUUCAUAAAAACAUAUGUUUAGUACUGUAUAAAAUAUCAACACAUUUUAUCUUUUAAUACCGUAAAUAUACACAGUCAAUACCCCAUAAAAGAAAAAAAUUCAGACCUUCUCUUUUUUGAAGAGAGGGCCAAAACAGUUGACUCUGAUGGCUUUGGGGGAGAGGAUCUAGCACCUAACUCUGGAGAUGUGGGAGGGAUGCCUGUCCAAAGCUAAGCUAUCUACAUCUCUAUCUACAGUUUAUGGAGGAGAAAAUAUGACAUUAUAAGGUAUUGAGUGGCAAUAUACUAAGAGGCCAUGAGAUGGAGCUGCUACUCCAUGAAAGCUUUUUUCCCCCUGUUUUUACCCAAUUUCUUUCCUGCUCCUCUUCUCUUCAUCAACUGUCAGUCACACAAAACUCUUUUUUUUUUUUUUUUUUUUGCUAUUGAACGCAAUUUUAUGUUAUCAACUCUUAUUUUUUUUAACUAAGUAGAUGGAAUGUUUUAUGAAGUAAUGGGGAAAGGGAUGGGAUUUAGAGCUAGAGAGCCUACGUAUAAAAACAGAGCGUUUACUACAUAUGUGUUCUUGUAAAAGAGCUUUGUUUCUUCACCUGGAAAUUGAGUUCAGAAAACUAGAUGACUUGUAAGGUUCCUUCCAGCUCUAAAUUAUGACCCAUGACACAAUAUUUUCUUCUUAGAAGGAAAAAAUUUUUACUUUUUCCUUGUGUGACACUAGAAUGAUUUUUACCUGUGUGAUUUGCUGUCACUCUGAGGGAAACUCUUCCUGUCCUAUACACUCACACAUUCUAGCACCUUCCCCUAUCAAUUCAAUGCUGGGCUUUUUAUUUUAUGGGAGAAGGGGGGUAAUAGGAGAGGAAUAGGAGGGAAAGUGGAGAGGGAGAGUAGAUAGCAGCUGCACAGACCAGGAGUUUCUAAAUGUGGAUCUGGGAGGGGCGAGGAAUAUAUUUUAACAGCCCCAGCUUCUCACCAACUCCAGGCUCAGAUUUCUCAGGGCAGCUGGAUUCUUUGGCCCUACUUUGAUAGAUUGGGGGUGGGGUGGGGUUUGAGGAAUUUGGGGGAGGGAUUUAUCUCCUGGUAUAGUUUUUAUUUAAUGUUAGCUUCUUUCAACCCCCAAAUGGCACCUGUAGAAAGUAGCAAUAUUCAAAGGGAGGUGGGGACAAAUCCAAGUACUUGCCCCAAUUCCUCAAAGGCAGAACCCCAUCUUUUAGCAAUCCCAAAGGACUGCUGGAUGAAACAGUAACUGGGUUUCAUACAUGAUGGAAAUGGAUAUCUGACCCGUUUCCCUGUCAAGGCCACAAUCCUCAUCUCUCUACACAUAAACACACACACACAAAGACAAGUCUCUUUCUGCUCUCCCCCUCCCCCCAGAAUUAUGGUCCUGGCUAUUUUUAAAACUCUCAACUCAGAGAUCAGACCUCCUCCCACCUCAACACAGCCUCUCUCCCCCAUCCCCAGCUGUCCAUCCCUUUGGUAAUAUGUUCACUGCUCACUCCCCAAAUCUUUCCUAGCUCCUUGGCUUCAGAGACGUUGUAGCUAGGGCUCAGGACUGAGGGGGUGAGAGAAAAGGGACAUGGAAGAGGAGACAUGGGACCCUUGGAUGAAGCCGAUAGACAGUAGGCAACACUGGAUGGAAAACUGGAUAUCAGACUGACACUUGACCUCUGGACACAGUAAGUCACCACAAAGUUAAAGCUUCUUUGAAAAGGUUUUGGGUUAAGAUUUGAGUUUACAUUUUUCUUAAUGCUAUGAAUCAUGGACAGCAACCUCAGUUCCUCUAGGCUGCAUUGACUGGUAGUCCCAUUCUGCUCAUGCUGACAUAAGAAAUGUACGUUGACAUGCUGACUACUCUGUGCCAAGGAGGUAAUAAGGGGGUAUGAAAUUGUCUGGUAAAAUGACUUGGCUGAGAGGGCCAUUUCUCUAGGAGAAAGACUUAAGGGGCUACAUCUUUUUUCUCUCACUUUCCCUCACCUGAGUCUUACAGCCAGAAAUCGUCCAGUUCCACUUUCACCAUUUGUCUCAGACUUCUUGGUAGGUUUUAAGAGGUGUUCUCUAAGCCUCACCUUGGUGGUUCUCUCUGCCAAGGCUAAAUCUAGACUCAGAUCACUGGUCAUCGACACCCCCUCCACCCACCUCCCACCUCUGCAUUGUGGAUUUGGGGAGGUAGCUUUCAUCUACAGGUCUCCCUACACAAUAUUGGUCCCUCUCUGGUCUAUGCUUCACCUGUAUGACCUUUUGCUAGCUCCACUUCAAUUUUAGCCCUUGGUUCUCCACCAGGAGGAGAUUAGUGGUGGGUGAUUAGUCUCGCUCACUGUAUGCACUGGAAAAGGUCAUUCUUUAUUUGUCAGAGCUGAAGACAUUAAUAGUGAGAGUAGCAUUACAAGAAUAUUAGGAAAAGCAAAGGAGUUGUUGGAUCAGAAAAAAAAAAGAUUGAUUUGCACACUUGCUUUGCAUUUGUUAUUCAAUGGAAAAAGCAAAUGGGUGGCUAUCAUCUUGCCUAUCCAGGACUCUCUAGUCUCCAAAAGAAGUGUUGGCUAUUCCUAGAUUUAUCCCCUCUUUUUCAUUCUCCUGAUCCAGAUGUGGAGGGAAUGGCAUGUCAGCUGGGUCUUCAAUUGACCCCUGAAUAAAGGAGUUAUGUUUCUGAAAUAUUCCCGGAUUGUGCUCCUAUUGAGGAGCCCAUUGGGGUAACAGAGUAGCUCUGUCCCCUUGUUCAUUUGCUUUUUGACCCUUCUACUGUUUGGUCAGCUCAGGAUGGGUCAGUCCAGUGGACUUUGCACCCUGCCAACCCCAUCCCAUCCUCCUUCCACUUCAGGCUAGGGGUGUUGCAUAAGGGGCCUGGAGUGACCAUGGGGAAAAGACCCAGAGCCAGAAAGGCUCCCCAACCCCUACAUCUUCAGUUCUCUCCUCUCAUUCCUAUCUCCCAUCAUUUCUUUGACCUCCAUAGAACCCCUAUAACUAUUCUCAGUCUUUGUCUCCUCUCAUUCAACUUCCAACCAGAUUUCUCUUUGACCAAGGUCCCUUCCAGGGAAUCCAGCCAGCAGUCGGAAGAGAACUGGGGACCAGGGGGGACCUGGCUGGAUAGGAAUGAGGGAACCAAGCCAUUCCCCAAGUCCCUGGUCCCCCCGAAGCAGCUCCUCAACUCUAAGCACCCUCACUCUUCUUCUGCUCUUCUGUGGACAUGCUCACUCUCAAUGCAAAAUUCUCCGCUGCAACGCCGAGUAUGUAUCAUCCACGUUGAACCUACGAAGUGGGGGAUCUUCUGGAGGGAACCGGGGAGGCGGAAUCCGGGGCCCAGGAGCGAACUCUGGAGGCCUGUGUCGAGCACUGCGCUCCUAUGCGCUCUGCACCAGGCGCACUGCCCGAACCUGCCGCGGGGACCUGACCUUCCAUUCCGCUGUCCAAGGGAUAGAAGAUUUGAUGAUCCAACACAACUGCUCCCGCCAGGGUCCCACGGCCCCACCCCCUCCGCAGGGUCCAGCCCCUCCUGGCGCUGGCCCCGCCCUUUCCUCAGGCCCCCCAGCUCCGGACCCCUGUGACUAUGAAGGACGGUUUUCUAGAUUGCAUGGCCGUCCCCCAGGCUUCUUGCAUUGUGCAGCCUUCGGGGAUCCACACGUACGCAGCUUCCACCAUCACUUCCACACAUGCCGUGUCCAAGGCUCCUGGCCUCUACUGGACAACGACUUCCUUUUCGUCCAGGCUACUAGCUACCCGGUGGCCACAGGAGCCAACGCUACUGCCACGGGGAAGCUCACUAUCAUAUUCAAGAAUAUGCAGGAAUGUAUUGAUCAAAAAGUCUACCAGGCUGAAGUGAACAAUCUACCAGCAGCUUUUGAAGAUGGGUCAGUCAAUGGAGGAGACCGCCCUGGAGGUUCAAGUUUGACCAUCCGUGCUGAGGCACCUGGGAGCCAUGUGGAGAUUAGAGCUGCCUACAUUGGCACAACCAUCAUUAUUCGGCAAGCAGCUGGUCAGCUCUCUUUUUCCAUCCGGGCAGCUGAAGAAGUGGCAAGAGCAUUCUCAGCUGAGCAAGAUCUACAGCUCUGUGUAGAGGGAUGUCCCCCAAGUCAGCGACUCUCCCAUUUGGAGCGACAGAGAAGAGGGGCUUUGACUUUUGAUGCUGCUAGGCAAUUGUGCAAAGAAGGACUACCAGUUGAAGAUGCUUAUUUUCAUUCAUGUGUCUUUGAUGUUCUGACCUCGGGUGACCCCAACUUCACUCUGGCUGCUCAAGCUGCCCUAGAAGAUGCUCGGGCCUUUUUGCCAGAUCUGGAGAAGUUGCAUCUCUUCCCUCGUGAUGCUGGAGUUCUCCUCACGUUUAUACCUCUCCUGACUCCAAUCCUUACUGGGAUCCUUGUUUUCUGGUAUACCAUCUAAUGAACCCUCCCACAACCACUUUGGGAACCUAGGUCUUCCUUUAACCCACCUAAGGGAAUGAUUUAGUAGAAACAACACUGGGACAGGACAGAGUACUUGAGGAAAGGAAGAAGGCAAGAAGAGAUAGUCUCAAAGUCUGAAAAUGGCCUGAUGACAUUUCCCUAGAUGUUUACAAAUGGGCUAAAAUCAAGGAUAGGAGUGACCACAGUAUAGGUAAAUGGGGAUGGGGGUAGGACUAGAGUCCCUGUUUACUACAUCUCUCCAGGAAAGCUCUUCAUGACCUUCCUAGACUUUAUGGUGAGCAAAUUCUCCUACUACAGUUCCCUGUGGAGUGACUUGGAGUCAUGGAAGGCAUGAGAUCAUGGUUUCUGAGUAGAAAAGUAUACAAGAGGUAUAUGUGUUCGUUACCUACAAAAAACAAAAAUAAAAACAAAAGCAAUUUGAUAAAUUAGUAUAUACCUUUUAUUGGUAUAGGCAUCCCCUCUGUCAAUGCAGAUCAAAACCAUCAAUGGCUUUGCAUCCAGUUCAUCACAUUUCCCCAUAGAUCCAACACACUCUUCUCCUUUUAGUAUCAAAGGGAUACCAAUAGACUACUAUGAUUAUGUCUUUCAUUCUCAAUAUAUGACUCAUCUCCUUUUAAAGAAGUCCAUAUACUUCAUAUACUUGAUGUUUUUUUAUACAGCUUCUCCAGUGAAUGUCUUUUUUUUUUUUUUUAAGAAACAUUCUGCAACCUAGGGGUUUAGAAUUAAAAAAAAUUCUGUACCCUGGAUCUGGUUUUGCCUCCUCCUAGCUCUAUGAUCUUAUGUAAGCCACAAUUCUUUAAGUGACAGUUCUUUAUCUGUAAAACAGAAAGAAUACUCACCACUUAGUAAACUGUGAAAAGGGUACUCAAAUGUGAGCUAUCAUUACUUAUGCACAGCAUGCCUCUUUUCAUGACCUUCUGGUUAUUCGUAAGUUUAAUUCUUUUGAGAUCAUGAUCUUCCAUGAUUAGAAGUCAUAUUGGCAACAAAAGGAGAAUUAAUACUAUUGUUUCAGAUGUCGGACUUUUUCAAUACAGAGCACUUUGGGAUCACUGAAAUCACUGUACAAACCACAAAAUGGAAGAAAGAUCCAAUGAUUUUCAUUUACUGUUUUCCUUUUCAGUACAAGGAAAAGGGCUAUAAGCUCUUUGUGUCCAGGAACAGUUUUCUUUUCGUCUGUGUCCUCAGAGCCUACUAGCCUCUGUUAAGGGUUUAAUAAAUGUUUAUUGAAUUGAA